CGCCCCCUCAGGCCCGGGCCCCCCCAGCCGCCGCGGGCCCCGGCGGCCCGGAUGGCGGUCGCGGCGGCAGGGGCAGGGGCCGGGGCCGGCGCGGGCGGCAGGCGCGGCCACCACUGACGGGUAGUCGGGCGCCCCAGCAGGCCGAGGAUGCAGCGCUGGAAGGCAGCGGCCUUGGCCUCGGUGCUCUGCAGCUCUGUGCUCUCCAUCUGGAUGUGUCGGGACGGCCUGCUCCUCAGCCACCGCCUCGGACCCGCGCUGGCCCCGCUGCGCCGGCCACCUCGAACCCUGGACGCCCGGAUCGCCCGUCUGGCCCAGUACCGUGCACUACUGCAGGGCGCCCCGGACGCCGUGGAACUGCGCGAGCUGACGCCCUGGGCAGGGCGGUCCCCAAGUGUGCGCCGUCGGACUGGGCCCCGGCGGCGGCGCGCGCGUGCGCGGUCGGGGACGCGACCAUGCGGGCUGCGCGAGCUCGAGGUGCGCGUGAGCGAGUUGGGCCUGGGCUACACGUCCGAAGAGACGGUGCUGUUCCGCUACUGCGCAGGCGCGUGCGAGGCGGCCACGCGCGUCUACGACCUGGGCCUGCGGCGCCUGCGCCAGCGGCGGCGCGUGCGGCGGGAGAGGAUUCGCGCGCAGCCGUGCUGCCGCCCGACGGCCUACGAGGACGAAGUGUCUUUUCUGGACACGAACAGCCGCUACCACACGGUGCACGAGCUGUCGGCGCGCGAGUGCGCCUGCGUGUGACCCUACCUCACCCGUCCCGGCCGGACAGCACCCACCGUUCCAGCAGUCAAACCCCGCGACAGACUGCCCAUGCGCAGAAGAUGCCGUCGAGGUUUCGGGACUCUCGCGAUAACUGUACAGAGAUAAAGUGUGGAAAGUC